AUGGAAGGAGGGCCAUUGUCAGGGCCGUCAGGGACGUCAGUAUUCGAGGGGGAUCCCGGCCAGUUUUCUGCUGCAACGUCUGUUCGCGGGCCAAGUGUCAGACGAGAACGGAGCUUGAAGUUCAGGGAGUUUGGGCUCUAUGCCUCAAGAGUACGCACACAGACACCAACGUCGUCGCAGCCCUCGACCCCCGUGACAUACGACUUCGGUCCCCAGCCACCGCCCACGCCGCUCUCACCCGUCGCUCCCCGCUGGGCAUCUCUCGCCAACAGCUCGACUAAUCUCUACGACAAAAGGUCUGCUUCCCCUGCAAACCUCCAAUUGCCAUUGACGGCUACGACUGCCCACUUCCCUGCACCAAUAAAUUCACACGGGGAACGCAGCCAUAGCAUUGAUUCCGAAACCUCGGAAAUCAGAGAUGAUUGCCCGCCAUUGAGCCCAAUGAUCAACAUGAAUUCAAUUGAGAGUCGGCAUGUUGUCGGCGACCCGAUGUUGGUGGACAACUUCUCGAGGCCGCGGAAGCCAAGCCUCAGCCUGAAGCAAUCAUACCCCGAAUCCCUCCGAUCUCGAUAUCCUACAAACACGGCGUCUACAAUCUCCGACCCGACCCAAACCGACACCUCUCACAACCCACAUCUCCUGUGGCCUCGUGAACGAAAUCACUCUAUCUCCUCCAACCGGUCCGCCGCCACAUUCGCAUCCCUUCCCGUCCGCCCUUCGCCCGACCUCCACUCGCGCGAUAGCGUCCGCGGCAGGAGUCGACAAGCAAACCCAUCCCUUACCCGACCACCCUUGACCUAUGAAAAUGGCGCCUCUUUGACACGAAACCCCCUACGGAAAAUGGCAUCAGCCGAAGACCAGCUAAGAUCCAGCUACCGCUCCCAGCUGUCGGCAUCGACGGCCCCAGGAACCCAAACAACCGAGAGGAGUAGCUUGAUGACCAAGACCAGCUCCAUUACUUCGAUAUACGGGCAAUUGGACGACGGCCUCAGCGUUGACGAUGUUAUGGGCAUGUACGCUAAGGGGUUUCGCGACGACUCGCCCGCACCGGGUGAGCAUCACCACGACGAUUCGAGACCAGCGACCGCCUGCUCAGAACGCAGCCGCAGGAGGAGCGCCAUGCUAGAGGCCAUGACGGACGCUCUACCAAUUCCCGGCGCCAGUACCAGAGCCCCGCAAGUUGGUCCGGCUCCUAGCCCCAAUGCGGCGGUGCGCGAUUCAGUUGCCGUGUUUCGCAACUCGGUUAUCUCCACAUCGCCUGCCAUAGAAAUCAACGCUGACAUCGCCCAUGGAACAAAACACGACUCAGGCAAGCUACUAGACAACCACGACGACGAUAUUCCCAUGUCGAGGCCGCGAAGGCAGUUUACGCAUCUGACAACCGACACGGACAUGAACGACGACACGCGAGAUCGAUACGGUUUCCGCAAAGAGAACCAGUAUGUUACGAAAGAGCAGUACGACAGUUGGAACAGUGGCUACACAGAUUACAUGGCACGGAGGAGGAAGAAAUGGACAGCUUUCCUCAAAGAGAGCGGGCUCAUGACAGACGAUCCAAAUCGAUUCCCCCAGCGAUCAGCAAAGACGAAACGCUUUGUUCGCAAAGGCAUCCCCCCGGAAUGGAGAGGUGCGGCAUGGUUCUACUACGCAGGUGGCCCCGCCAUCGUGGCCAAGCACGCAGGAGUCUACGACAGCCUAUUGAAGGCCGAGGCCAAAGACGUCGACGACGAAGCCAUUGAGCGAGAUUUACACCGCACCUUCCCCGACAACAUCAAAUUUCGAUCUGGGAAGCCAUCCCAGGCACCGCCGAGCCGAAACAGCCAGCAGACCGUGACGGAGCCGAUGGGCAACGCAGCUCGACCCGACGAAACCCCCAUGAUAUCCUCACUUCGUCGCGUUCUCCACGCUUUCUCCAUCUACAACCCCCGCAUUGGCUACUGUCAGUCUCUCAACUUCCUGGCCGGUCUGCUACUCCUGUUCGUCGAGUCAGAAGAACAUGCGUUCUGGUUACUUAACAUCAUAACCCGUGUGUAUCUUCCUGGUACGCACGAGCUGAGUCUAGAAGGUGCCAACGUCGACCUGGGCGUGCUAAUGGAAGCUUUGCGCGAUGCGAUGCCCGCUGUCUGGACUAAGAUCGGAGGGGAAUUGGACGGAUCAGACGCAGCCAGACCCAAACGCAGAGCCCGCGGCAAAAACCGUGUUGCCGAACUGGGACAGCGGCUCCCCCCCAUCACGUUAUGCAUGACGGCCUGGUUCAUGUCGUGUUUUAUCGGAACAUUGCCUAUCGAGACCACGCUGCGUGUUUGGGACAUCUUCUUUUACGAGGGUAGUAAGACGCUGUUCCGCAUCGCGCUGGCCAUUUUCAAGACAAGCGAGCAAGAGAUCAGGAACGUGGGCGAUCCUAUGGAGAUCUUCCAGGUCGUGCAGACGAUUCCCAGGAGGAUGAUUGACGCCAAUGCGCUGAUGGAGGCGUGCUUCAAGAGACGAAAUGGCUUUGGCCACUUGAGCCAGGAGGAGGUGGAGAAGAAACGAGAUGAGCGGAGGAGUGCCGUCAAAAUUGAGCGCGAACGUGUGGCAUCGGGGCUAGGAUCAAGUGACGAGGCAUCGGACGUCAAGAGGAAAGGUACCCUGUUCGGACGGCGGAGAGAGAAAUCGAGGGGGGACGAAACGCCUUGA